GUUCUCGCGGUGACAGAGAGAUCGUUGCGCGUGGGACCGACCGGGCGUGGGCCUGACGACGAACGUUUUGCACAUGCACAAGCAUCCGUUUGCGGUGGUAAAGCCGCGGGGUGGGCAAACUUUUCCGUUUCAGUUAUACCCGUGCUCCAGUCGAACAAACACCGCAUUCACGGGUGUGCACUAAAUACAUAGUUCCAAUUCUACGAUACAUACAGUAAUCGUAUUAUACUCGCCAGUAGUUUCCAUACACAUAGAUUCAAAAUCGAUUUGUAGAGUUGUCAGCACUUGUCACGCAAUAUUAUUUUUCUUGCAGACUUUUCGAACAGCUACAAAUACAUAUACAAUAUUAUAUUAAUCUGCAAAUAUUGUACAUAUAGGUACCGUGCAUAAUAGAAGCAUUUUAUUAAACAAUGGGCGGAUAUCAACAAAGACAAUGGACGCCGACUAAGAGACGAGGCCCAAUAGCUGCUGAAUUUUCCGGUCCCGGGCCAGCAGCGGUAGCGUUACCAACUCUCGUCGGAAAUUUAGUACCAGAAUCCAAACGUGGACGAGCACCGGCCUUUAGUUUUGGUGCUAGACACAACGAAAAAAAUGACAGCGCCGGACCAGGACCUGGUCAAUAUAACAUCACCGGAUUGAGCUCAAAAGGCAAAGAUACACCGCCGGCGUCUACCCUGCACUCGAGGCCCAAGGAAGUGAGGCCCGACAACUUUCCGGCCCCCGGUGACUACAACCCGGAAAAGGCCGAGAAGGUGAUCCACGAACACUCACCGCAGUACACUUUCGGACUGAAAACGCAGGUGGACAAGCCGAACCCGAACCCGGCGCCUAACGUGUACAACAUCCCGACGGUGAUGGGCGCGGCCAAGGAGGGGCACUUCAAGGCAGCCCCGUCGUUCAGCAUAUCCGGCCGCACCAAGGAAUUCCCCGACGGCCGGCUGCUGAACCCCGGCCCGGGCGCUUACAAAGACGUAAGCGCAGACAGUAUUAAACCGAAAUCGCCGGCGUACACGGUCAGCGCCCGUUACAACAUGCCCGGCGACAGUUCCCCCAGACCCGGCCCGGGAGCGUAUUCUCCCGAAAAGGUUCAAGUCGAUUUGUCCCAAGCACAUUCGUUUGGAAUUAAACAUUCACCGUAUUCUAAUUCUUUUGGCAUUGGUUACUGAAUGAAAA